CAAAAGGCCCAGGCCCCACGUUGACGACCUUUCUCAACAGCAUCUACCGAAAGAGCAGUGAUGAAUAUUCAUAAUGGGGUCUUUUUAAAGAUGAUAAUUGCCUUGUCUUUGAAGUGUUAACAAUUCCCAGAAUCCUAUUGUUUUUCAAUAGCGCUAAUGCUUUAAAACAACAAAACCGCCUUCUUAUCAAGUUUCAACAAGUCGCUAUUGUAAUAAACAAUUACAGCGCUAGAUCAGAAUGAGAAAGGUUUGAACCCAAGAGAAAGAUAUAUUAAGCUUCAAUUUUUGCUGCGGCAAUGCUCGUUUACACUUUUGUCUUGUCUUCGUCAUGACUUGGGUUUAACUUUGGGAACAAUUUGCGCAAAUGGAGAUGGACGUUGCUUAUUAACCACAUGCUUUAGAAUUCCAAAAAAAAGUUUUUUUCCAGUAUGUCAUGAAAAUUGAUCUUAAUGAAAGACUGUAGAACUUUUUAUAGAGUAAUCAGGGUAUACCUCUGAUUCUCUUGACAGAAAAGAAGAGAUUUUUUCAAAGACUUUAACACAUCCAAGAGGUUUCAUUCUAUGACCGACGGUCUUAAGAGACACAUAAAUCACAACCAAACUGCGCUUUAGAGAAAAGCUGGUUACGACAACAAACUAGACAAGCUGUUGGUUGGUAACUUGACAACAUUUGCAGGUCUUUCCACAAUCCUUUACAAAUUUAACACUACUUGACGUUACACUGUGCUGUCAAUACGUGGAAAUAUGCCUUACGUGGAUUCAUUCUGAAAAAAUAUAAGGAUUUCUCGUUCAACAAAGCAUCGAAAGAUAGCAAAGGCUUUGAUCGGCUGAUACGCUCUAAUAAUUAGUAUUACGCUUAUAACCGAGCUCAACUUUAGCUCAAGCUUCUGGCUAAUACAGUUAGUCUAUUUCUGACAGAGGUUUUGCAGCUUACGAGCUAAGGCGAGAACAGCAACAGUUUCACCUGAUUGUCUAAGCUGACAACCAAAAUACGACAUCAAUUAGAUAUGGAAUACAUUUGGAGAAGAAGCCAAAUUCUUCUUUUCAUACUCUGUGGAUCAUUCUUUUUGAAGAUACCGGCUGAGCCAACAACAAUAGCCAUUCCAACCCCAACAGUGGCACCUGCAGCUCGACUGGCAAUGGAACUAGUCAAAUCAUGUAUCAUUGAUAUAACAAAAUAUAGAUUCGAUUUGCCUACAGCUAACAAAUGCCCAGUGAGCUAUACCCUAAUUUGUUGGCCAGAGCUGGAAGUUGGGAAUAAUAUCAGCAUCCAAUGCCCUGGCAUGUUUUUUGCGACAGACAAAAUCGUUACGCGCAAGUGCUAUGCUAACGGAACAUGGGAAAAAGUGAUCUUAAAUGACAUAUGCAAUCCCUUACCUCAAGAUAUCGCUGAACAGAAUUUUCUUAAGCUUCUUGCAAAAUAUAACAUCAGCGUGCCGCCUCAGAAAGCUGCGCCAGUUGAUCCCCACCUGGAUCGGCAAAUCAAAAUAUUCGUAACAAUGCAAUGGGUAUCACUAUCAAUCAUGAUUCCUUCGUUACUGCUGCUAUUUAUAUUUCCGAAUCUAAAUGACGACAAGAUGAAUUUGCACAGAUGCCUGGUUGCAUCGUUUCUCAUGAGCGUUGUUACUUUUCUACCCGAAUAUUACAUGUCACUUGCAAAAACCAACCCACAAGCAUGCAACGCCUUGUGGAUAAUUAACAGACUCUUUGCCGUCUGCGAAGUGACGUGGAUGUUCAAUGAAGGAGUUUACCUCCUCAAAACGAUCAUGUUCGUGUUCUCACAGAAUUCAUACAUAUGGCUGUUCUUUCUCUUCGGAUGGGGAUUUCCCGUGGUUCUGACGCUACUUGUUUGGACGCCCGUAAUGGUAAAAAAGAUCGGCAACAUAUCAGGAAGAUGCUGGACACAUGACGCACAAAAUAACCUGAUGCUUAUUCUCUACGUACCAAUGACCAUCAUGCUGGCAUUAAAUCUGAUCAUCCUGUUAUAUGUUAUUGGAGUCGUCAUUUCAAAACUGAAGCAAAACCAUUCUGUUGAUAUGCGAUCAAAAAGGAAAGCAGCGAAGGGUGCCAUUGUGCUAAUGCCUCUCUUGGGUACAAUAUACCUGAUGAUCUUUUAUGCUCCACAAGGUGUUGUAUGGUAUGACUAUUUGCUUGUGGUGACACAACCAAUGCAGGGUAUAUUGGUCUGCGUUGUGCAUGUCUUCCUGAAUAAAGAUAUACAUUCUGCCAUAAAAGGCAAAUGGAGGAAGUUACGAGGCCGGUCAUCUAUGUUCCAAUCAACGAAAUUCUUCUCUGCUUAUGGAGGACCAAAGCAUGGAAAAAAUAGAACAAACGCUGACAGAAGAGAUACCUCAACAUUGCCAAAAAAGAAAAUUUCAGUUGAGUCGUCAGUGGUUGGGUGGCAAAGAAAACGAUCCUCGAGAGUAGUGCCAGUUAUUGUGAACAAUAACGUUGUAGCACUUCAUGAACCAGUAGAUGGCCAGGCUAAUCAAGUCAUUGAAAAAAAGAGUGUUGAAAAUAUCAAAGAGGACAACGAGAUAACUGUUUUCGAUAAAGCGAAUGGCAGAGACCAAGACAGAAAGCAACAUAUGGAAAUAAUCGAAGAAAAUCGAUUUGCAAACGAUGCAUCGUAGUUCUUGCAUCAUUUUUGUGAGAGUUGAAUAAGUUCAGGAAUACAUUCUGCCAUUACUCGUGAAAGGUUAUUGUGGGCUACAUGUAACCUCAAGGUCAACGAGUUUUUGCUACACAUAGCUUCUAGAAACUCGUUUCGUAAGAGCGUUGAAUACUGCUAGGAGAAACGUUCCUUACUCUAACACCGUAUCUCAAAAUUUAGAACCUAAGGUAAAAUAACAAGACAUUUGUCAUCACGAUGGAAAAAAAUCGAUAGGCCAUAGGCUGAAUACUGCAUUCAUUUACAAUCAUUCGUCAAUUGGAGAUUUGUAACGAAAAUUUUCUCUUCACCUAAACACUAAAAGCUGGAAUUCGUAAAUAAAUGUUGAUAUCACUUUUCAAAUUAUUCUAGAACAACUAAUUCUAAGACCGUUAUUGGACAUCUUAAAACAAAUUGUCGCCGUUAAGCAGGGAGUCCGACGCAAUUUUUCAAAGCUAGGGGUUUUGUUGUUUAACCAGCAGUACCCAGUGUCGUCAAAGUCCCUGCUCAGUGCAUGAAAAAGGCAUUCCAACAGUUAACCUUGAAAUGCUCAAUUAGUGAUCGCAUUAUUUUAUUUUGAAUCUUAUGAAAACUAAUUAAUUAAUCUGCAGAUUUGAUAAAUUGCAGUGUAAGAUUGUCACCAUGUCUUUCAUCUGCUGCUUGUUGCUUUUAAUGAUGAAUACUUAUCAGUUAUUGAAAAUCAAGUUUUCUACGUGUUUGUAAUAUACAGUUUUUGUAAACAUUAUCAGCUUUUUGAAUUCAACGACAACUUGUUUCAUUAGUUUUUAAUAUACCAUUAUUUGAACACAAUAUGAUCUUUUUACAUAUGAAUAACACUUGUCUCUAUAAA